GGAAACGAUGUGAAGAGAGAGACAGAGACAGAGAGAGCUUGAAGUUGAAACAAACAUAACGAAGUUGAUUUAUCUUUAUUUUCCUGGACAAAUAAAGUUGUUUUUUACUUCUAAACGCUAAACAUGACAGGAAGUCGUUCGCAGAAAGAGAGGCCAGUAGAGGACUGUGUGGAUUAAAACGACGACCAGCAUGGAGUUCCCGCAGCAGCAGAAACCGGCGGGGGACAGCAAGAUCACCUACCCGCCUGGAGUGAAGGAAAUCACGGAGAAGAUAAGCAACGAUGAGGUGGUGAAACGGCUGAAGAUGGUGGUGAAGACCUACAUGGACAUGGACCAGGACAGCGAGGAGGAGAAGCAGCAGUAUCUGAACCUGGCUCUCCAUCUGGCCUCAGAGUUCUUCCUGAGGAACCCCAAGGACGUGCGGCUCCUGGUGGCCUGCUGCCUGGCUGACAUCUUCAGGAUCUACGCCCCUGAGGCCCCUUACACCUCACACGACAAACUGAAGGACAUCUUCCUGUUCAUCACCAGACAGCUGAAAGGACUGGAAGACACCAAGAGCCCACAGUUCAAUAGAUACUUCUACCUGCUGGAGAACCUGGCGUGGGUAAAGUCGUACAACAUCUGCUUUGAGCUGGAGGACUGCAACGACAUCUUCAUCCAGCUCUUCAAGACGCUCUUCUCUGUCAUCAAUAACAGUCACAAUCAGAAGGUCCAGAUGCACAUGUUGGAUCUGAUGAGUUCUAUAAUAAUGGAGGGAGACGGAGUCACACAGGAACUACUGGACACCAUCCUGAUCAACCUGAUACCUGCUCACAAGAACCUGAAUAAGCAGGCGUACGACUUGGCCAAGACUCUGCUGAAGAGGACCGUUCAGACCAUAGAAACAUGUAUCGCAAACUUCUUUAACCAGGUCCUGGUGAUGGGCAAGUCUUCAGUCAGUGAUCUGUCAGAACACGUGUUUGAUCUGAUCCAGGAGCUGUUCUCCAUCGACCCUCUGCUGCUCACGUCUGUCAUGCCCCAGCUAGAGUUUAAACUCAAGAGUAACGACGGAGAAGAGCGUCUAGCUGUGGUCAGACUGCUGGCCAAGCUGUUUGGAGCCAAAGACUCAGAACUGGCCACUCAGAACAGACCGCUGUGGCAAUGCUUCCUGGGACGGUUCAAUGACAUCCAUGUCCCAGUGAGGCUUGAGUCGGUCAAGUUCGCUUCCCACUGUCUGAUGAACCAUCCAGACCUGGCCAGAGACCUCACAGAGUUCCUGAAAGUGCGAUCACAUGACCCAGAGGAGGCGAUCCGACACGACGUCAUGUCAACGAUCAUCAACGCCGGGAAGAAAGACCUGAACCUGGUUAACGACCAACUGCUGGGCUUUGGGGAGAGGACCCUGGACAAGAGGUGGAGGGUACGUAAGGAGGCGAUGAUGGGUUUGGCCCAGUUGUUUAAGAAGUACUGUCUCCAUCAUGAGGCUGGGAAGGAACAGGCCCAGAAGAUCUCCUGGAUCAAAGACAAGCUGCUCCACAUCUACUACCAGAACAGCAUCGACGACAAGUUGUUAGUAGAGAAGAUAUUUGCUCAGUACAUGGUCCCUCACAGUCUGGACACUGAGGAGAAGAUGAAAUGUCUUUACUACCUGUAUGCCUGUCUGGAUACCAACGCUGUCAAGGCUCUGAAUGAGAUGUGGAAGUGUCAGAACAUGUUGAGAGGUUUGGUCAGAGAACUGCUGGACCUUCACAAACUACCUGCCUCUGAAGCCAACACCACGGCCAUGUUUGGAAAGCUGAUGACCAUUAGCAAGAACCUCCCUGAUGCUGGUAAGGCCCAGGACUUCAUGAAGCGGUUUAACCAGGUGUUAGGAGAAGAUGAGAAGCUCCGAGUCCAGCUGGAUACUCUCAUCAGCCCAACCUGUUCCUGUAAACAGGCUGAGCUCUGUGUGAGGGAGAUUACUCGUAAACUGACGUUCCCGAAGCAGCCCACCAACCCCUUCCUGGAGAUGGUGAAGUUCCUGUUGGAACGCAUCGCUCCUGUCCACAUCGACUCAGAGGCCAUCAGUGCUCUGGUCAAGCUGCUGAAUAAGUCUAUUGAGGGAACGGCUGAUGAUGAUGAGGAAGGUGUCACACCAGACACUGCCAUCCGCUCUGGGCUGGAACUACUGAAGGUAUGGAUGGAGGGAUGA